AGGGCGAGAGCGCGAAGUCACAACGGCUCAUCAGCCAAAAACUAAGAAAACACAACCCGGCACAGACGCCAACAUGCAGGCCACGCAGAAGGCGAUCUGCUGGAGACUUUUCCUGUGUUGCUGCCUGUUUUUGGAGAGUUCCUCUCAAGACUUUGGCGGACAGACGCAGUUCAUUUGCACCUCCGUGCCCAAGGAUAUGGACAUAUGCGCGGCCACGUUGCAGAACAGUGUGCCGGGAGACGACCUGAAGACCACGGUCAUGCAGCUGCGGGAGACGGUUUUGCAGCAGAAGGAGACGAUCAUGAACCAGAAGGAGACGAUCAGAGAACUCACCUCAAAGUUGGCUCGGUGCGAGAGCCAGAGCGGCGCCGAGGACGCGCGGCCCGGGGGCAGGAGGAAAGAACCUGGGAGCAAAAACACAAUGGGGGACGUAUCGAGGGGCCCCGCUGACACUUUGACGCAACUAUCACAGACUUUACAGUCGCUGAAGCAGAGAUUAGAGAAUCUGGAGCAAUUCAGCAGAAGUAACAACUCGGUGCAGGCGAACAGCCUCAAAGACCUGCUGCAAAGUAAGAUCGACGACCUGGAGAAGCAGGUGUUGUCCCGGGUGAACAGCAUCGAGGAGGGCAAACCCGGACUCCGGAAUGAGACCGAGCAGCGUGGGAGAGUGGAGUCCACCCUCACGUCUCUACACCAGAGGAUCACAGACCUGGAGAAAGGUCAAAGAGACAACAGGCCCCUGGAUAAAUUCCAGCUCACGUUCCCACUGAGAACCAACUACAUGUACGCAAAAGUGAAGAAGAGUUUGCCGGAGAUGUACGCCCUCACCGUGUGCAUGUGGCUCAAGUCCAACGCGUCUCCCGGAGUGGGCACGCCUUUCUCCUAUGCAGUUCCAGGUCAAGCCAACGAGCUGGUCCUCAUCGAGUGGGGAAACAACCCAAUGGAGAUACUCAUAAAUGACAAGGUCGCAAAGCUGCCGUUUCUUAUCAAUGACGGGAAGUGGCAUCACAUCUGCGUGACCUGGACAACUCGUGAUGGUGUUUGGGAAGCGUUCCAAGAUGGCGUCAAGAGAGGGAGUGGAGAGAACCUGGCUCCGUAUCAUCCAAUCAAACCACAAGGCCUGCUGAUCCUCGGCCAAGAGCAGGACACGCUCGGAGGAGGGUUUGACGCCACACAAGCCUUUGUUGGAGACCUGGCAAAUUUUCACAUCUGGGACCGGAAACUAUCUGUGGGAGAGAUUUAUAAUCUAGCGACUUGCAGCAGCAAAGCCCAAGUGGGCAACGUUUUCGCGUGGAUGGAGACGAGCCUUGAUAUUUACGGAGGUGCCUCCAAGUGGACAUUUGAAGCUUGUCGCCAGCUCAACUGAACUUGCGGGGGAAGAGGAAGAUCAAUGCAGUCGUCAGAGCCACUGUUGUCCCAGCAACUAAUUUGAAAGAUCAGGAGACGCGUCAAUUAAUAGAAUCCGGAUUUGUUAUAGAUAUUUGAAAGCAUCAUUUGUGGACACCUUGAUAGAUUUUUACCAGAUCCUCACGGGCGACGGCUCACUGGAAGAGGACACUUUGGCGUCUUGUGUUGCUCGAAUGCACACCGGGCCUACUUGUGGUUUUGUUUUUGAAAGAGCAGCUGUUGUCUGUCCAGAGGGCAGAGGAUGUUCCUCGGAGACAGAAACAACAGGCCGGCGUCAGAAGUACAGCAGGGGGUCGUGUAGUGUAUAGCCAACGGAUGUCACACAAAUCGACAAAACGACUUGACUUCUGCGAACGUCUUUUCUGUCUCGACUGCCAGGGAUUUUCACUGUGAAAAGGGACAAGGAGGACUUCUUUAAAAAAGGAACGUGAUCUCCGAGAGGUUUUGAAGUAGACGACGUCAUUUCUCUCUCUCACUCUUCUUUCUCUACCACCACCUGCUUGACGUGAUUUUUCGUGUAAAGAAUGACGAUGUAUUUAUUGCCAACUCUCGAGCCUGAGUGCCUUGGGCUGUUGAAAAAAAAAUCUCAGCACAUUCAUUAUGAUUUGCAGAGUGUUAGUGUUUAUUUUUUCUGUAAAUUAUUUUUGAAAAGAGGUCUUCUUGUAACACUUUGAAUGAGGAUGGAUCAAGUUUGUUUAGUGUAAAAUGCAAUUCAUCGAUGGCAAUGGCGCAUUUGGCAGAUGUUCAUACUUGGUAAUGGUAAUGUUCUCUGUACAGUAACAGCAUGUCUUAACUUCUGUAAAUGCUGCGUCAGCAUCUAUGAUCUUUGCUUUUACCUUCCUACUUUUGGGUUGGGAUUUUAUACUGUAUUGUUAUAUGCUUAAAGCAUGGCAACACCAACAGAUGAAAAAAAGUUCUAGUUUUUGUAAUAAAUUGUCAUACUUGAAUCAUUAA